AUGGUUCUGCGAAAUCCUAAAUGUUGCCAUGGGGAUGUAUUUUAUGAUGUACAAGAUGGUCUUUUGUAUCAAAAUGAUGACUAUUUUGAAAAGCAUGAGAACUCCUUGUGUCUUAUACUAUAUCACGAUGAAUUGGAGGUGUGCAACCCGUUAGGCAGUAAUGCAGGGGUGCACAAACUCGACAUGUACUAUUAUACAAUUGCAAAUUUAUGUCCAAAGUUCAGGUCCAAGCGUUGUGCAGUCCAUUUAUUUGCGAUUGCUAAUGCUGAUUUAGUGAAGAAGUAUGGCAUUGAUACCAUUAUGAAGCCACUGGUGGAUGAUUUGAAUAUCUUGUACAAGGGAUAUAAGAUGGAGAUUAAUGGUGUUGAAAAAGUCAUCCAUGGAAAGGUUCUGAUUUGUGCUGGUGAUACCCUCGGUCAGCACUAUUGCGGAGGUUACAAAGAGGGAGUUGGAGUAGCUUUUCAGAAGUGUCGUCAUUGCCAAUGUGCAUUUGAACAAAUGCAACGUGACUUUCUGGAAGAAGCAUUUGUUCUCCGGACAAUGGAAACCUACAGUGCACAGUUUGAUGCCAUUGAACAGGCUCCAACUCUGAAUGUCCAAAACGAUCUGAAAACAACUUACGGACUAACUACAAGAAGUUCCCUUUGCCAGCUACCUACAUUUGAUGUCACCCAACAACUUCCCCAGGACAUCAUGCACACUUUGUUAGAAGGAGUUGUGCAAUAUGAGGUUAGACUAGUUUUGCUACACUACAUUCAGUCUAGUCAAACCAGUCUUUCAGAAAUCAAUGGAGCUAUUUUAAGUCAUGAAUAUGGCUAUUCAGAAAUCAGCGACAAGCCAAUUCCCCUGAGAGAUACUGUGUUCCACGGUGAUGAACGAUACAAAUUAAAGUACAAUGCUGCAAAAGCUCGGUUAUUCUUACGACUCUUGCCAUUUUUAAUCAGUCCUUUGAUUGACACUGAUGAUCAGUAUUACCAGUUUCUACUGCAGUUGAUUCAGAUUGUGCAGUUAAUUUUUUCACCUGUGAUUAAAUUGGAUACCAUCAAGCACCUGGCAGAACUUAUUGAACAGCAUCUUUCACAAUUUAAAGAGCUGUUCCCCAACUGCAAUAUAACUCCCAAACAACACUAUUUACUCCAUAUACCAACUUCAAUUCAAAUGCUUGGCCCAAUGGUUAGAUCGUCGUGUUUUAGCUUUGAAUCUGCCCAUAACUUCUUCAAGGAAUUAGCAAGAAAGCAGAAUUUCAAGAAUUUACCAUUGUCACUAGCAAAGCGCCAUCAGUUCAACUUGUGUUGCAACUUCGGUGAUGCUGCGGAAAAUCCAAGUUCGUAUCCUUUGUUUUCCAGUGAGAAAACAUUUGGUGUAUUAAAGAUGGUGAAUGCAGAAGUGUGUCUGUCCUUGCGAGAAAGAUUUAAUUCAUGCGGGCUUCUACCUGGUAUUGAUCUUGUAAAUGUGUACAAAGUUAGCUGGAUCACGCUUUUUGGCACAAAGUAUGCGAAAUCUGGUGUUAUUGCUGUUGAUGUUGCUGGAGACCCUGCACUGCCUGUUUUUGGUGUAAUCCUGUGUAUAUGGUCUAUUCUCGACUUCGUGUAUUUUGAUGUACGAUUGCUCCAUACACAACGUUUUGAUCAUAAAUAUCAAGCCUAUUGUGUCAGAGAUGUUGAAAAUUAUGAGGAUUGUACCACAAUUUGUCCAUAUGAUAAUUUAGUGGAUUUUAAUGUCUUUCAUUGUAAGAAAGAUAAACAUGGUAACCAGUAUGUUCCUGUUAAAUAUGACCUAUGUGACAUAAUUGAAGAACAUGCGGAAGGACGAAAUCCUCUUCAUUAG